AUGUCUAGCAAUAAUAGUACGAAAAGGGCGGGUAGAGGUAGACAGAGGAUUCCCCUAUCUCGAAUUGAAAAUGACGCUCAUCGUAGUGUCAUCUUUUCGCAACGUCGCCGUGGUCUUAUCAAGAAGGCCAACGAGAUAUCUACAUGGUGUGGCGUGGAGAUGUUGUUGGUGCUUAUUUCCCCUUCUGGCAAGGCUUAUACUUUCAGCAAGCCUAACAUGGAUACGAUCCUAAAAAAUUAUUUUGGGGAUAAUCCUUUGGCACAAACCAAUUUUGCCGAACAACACUUGCGUGCUCAGCAGGAGGUCAACAUGCAAAUUCAGUAUUCUCGAAUUACUGACCUUGAAAUGCAAAUUCAAGAUCAAAUGAAACUAAAUCAUGCUUUGCGUGAUGCCAAAAAAGCAAGACCUCCUAUUUCUGAUCUUCCAUUAUCAGAGCUACAAGCCAUGAAACACCGCAUUGAAAUGCUUCGAUCUUAUGUUUUGCAAGCAAAAAUGAAAGUUCAUGCACAAGCCAUAAUUUCUCAUGACGAUGUUGGUCCUAGCGGUACUAGUGCCCUCUAA